AUGGGAAAGAUUAUUUUCUAUGAGGACAAGAACUUUCAAGGUCGCUCCUAUGAGUGUAGCUCCGAUUGCUCAGAACUAAACUCCUAUAUCAAUCGCUGCAACUCCAUCAGAGUGGAAAAUGGAAACUGGAUGCUGUAUGAAAAUUCUAACUACAGAGGAAACCAGUACUUUCUAAAAAGGGGAGAAUACUCUGAUUUUUCCCACUGGACUAGUCGCAGUGACUCCGUAAGAUCCUGUCAUGUUAUUCCACAACAUUAUGGAACAUUUAGAAUCAGAAUCUACGAGAAGGAAGAUUUUGGUGGUUCAGUGAUGGAAUUUACAGAGGAUUGCUCAAAUGUGCAAGACAAAUUCAGAUUCCAUUAUAUAAAUUCCUGCAAUGUUCUGGAAGGCCACUUGAUCUUUUAUGAUGAGCCUGACUACAGGGGGCGCCAGUACUACCUGAGACCUGGUGAAUACCGCAGAUACACUGAAUGGGGAGCUUCUAACUCCAGAACUGGGUCCUUUAGGCAUGUCCAAGAAUUUUACUAGAAUGAAAUUGA